GUAAAUUAUUUUAAAAAUGGAUACCCAGGAAGAGCAGAAGGAGAAUUCAAGUAAACUAAAAAUGAGAUCAAAGGAGUUUAAACCAAGUAACCCUAAGCCAAUACCAUCACAAACUCCAACUGUUGAGACUCAAGCACCAGUUGAUGGAGGAAUGGAUCAAGUUCCUGCUGCUUUGACCCCUAUUCAAGAUAAUUAUCAAGCAAAUCCAUUAAUAGACCCAAGCCAAUAUAAUGAUGCAAAUCAGCUGUAUCUGCAAUAUGUAAAUUAUUACUUGAACUGUGGACUUAGCUCAGCUGAUGCAGAAGCCUGGGCUAAAUAUUAUAUUGAUGUUCAAAGCUGUGAACAACACCCUGAGCAAAAUCAAGCUUAUUUCGGUGACCAAUAUAAAGAAAAUAGUAGUUAUCAAGAAGAAUAUCAUCAAGAAGAGUACCAUCAAGAUGAUCACGCAGAGGGAAUUAAACAAGAGUAUGAAAAUUACUACGAAACUGAUAAGUUUGGAGAUAAGACCAAGAAACCUAAGGGUGAACGCAGAAAGGAGAAAUAUAGAGGUCAGCACCAUGAGAAGUACCAUGAAGCUGAAGAAGGAUAUUAUGAUGAACUUGGAUUCUAUUACAACCCAGAUGGAUCUUUCUAUGAUCCUGAUGGAUACUACUUUGAUCCAGAUGGAUAUGACAAAUAUGGUGGCUACUACGACGAUAAUGCAAAUUACAUCAAAGCAGGUGGUAGAGACCCUUACUCCAGGGAUUUCAGAGGUAGAAAAUACAGAUAUUAUGAAGGUGAUGAAUAUGAAGAAGAAGAGGAAGAAGUUGAAGAUAAGUACACUGACGAGUAUAUCCAAUAUAUCACAAAUUCUAAGUAUUACGAAGAUCUUGAAUAUUUGAAAAAUACAAACAACAAGUGGGCAUACCUGAAAGUUGGUAAUUUAGCAGAAGGAACUGUCAAAACUGACUUGUUAAAAUAUUUUGGAAACCAGAACAUUGAGACUAGCCAGAUUACAAUUAUGAUGACUGGAGGAAAUAAGAACCCAGUCGGAGGCUUAGAGAUUUAUAGAAUCCCAGUUGCCAUUCAAGUGUUGAAGGAAUGUGGUAAUACCCUUAAUGGAAAGCGCUUGAUCAUAGAGGUUGAUAGUGUCAAUGAAAAGUUGUAUAAUGGAACAGAUACAAAGUUAAAUGAAUACGAAUAUGAAGACGAAACUGAUGCUAGAUACACAAAAUUUGAUCCUCAGCCCGAAGAACCCAAGGAGGAGGAGGUCGAGGAAGGCGAGUUCAAGUAAACAGGUAGCUUGCCCAUAGCUAGCAGCUACAAUCUGUUUAAGAAAAACUUAUCUGAAAUAGAAGAGAAUUUAACUUUAUGAGUUUAAUUCUAAUAGUUGCAG